AUCAAAGUCAAAAAUUUGUCAAAUUAUUGCUGAAAAGUGAGACUCCACAAAGAAAAGUUGUAAUAUCAGUGGUUAAAUAUUAUUCUGAUACUAGAUACUAGAUCUUCUUGUACGGGCGUAAUUCAAAAAAUCACCAUGAACGCUAUGUCAAUGGAUAGAGAUGAGCCUUCUUCCUUAUUAUCGUUUUCUACAAAUCAUCCGCUAGAACAGUUUAUUUUACUUGCUAAAGGUGCUAAAGGAUCAGCAUGUGCAGAACUUAUAAAACAAGUGCUAGAAGCACCAGGUGUACAUGUAUUCGGGGAACUACUUGAAAUGCCUAAUAUCAAAGAGCUGGAGACUGGACCAUUUGCUACACAUUUUAAAACCCUCAAUCUAUUUGCAUAUGGUACAUAUAAAGAAUAUCUGGAAAACAAAUCUGAAUAUUUAGAUCUUACACCAGUACAGUGCAAAAAGCUACAACAUUUGACUAUAGCCACACUAGCAACACAGGAAAAAUGUAUCCCAUAUAGUGUCCUAUUAAAAGAAUUGGAUAUUAAAAAUGUUAGAGACUUAGAAGAUUUGAUCAUAGAAGCCAUUUAUGCAGAUAUAAUUCAUGGCAAGCUUGAUCAAGAAUGCAAGCGUGUAGAAGUUGACGUAGCACUUGGACGGGAUGCUAGAUUAGAAGAUGCAGCAGCCAUUGCGGAUGUUCUAGCUGAUUGGUGCAAUGCCUGUGAGGCAGUACUCAGCUCGGUAGACAGACACAUACAGCGGGCUAACCAUCACAAACAACGUGCAAUUAGACAUCACCAGGCUAUAGAACAGGAGAUUUUAUACAUAAAGAAAACUUUAAAAACUCAAGCUGAAAACGAAGAAUCUGCUUCUGGUGGCGGCAGUGAAACUCACUCUGUGCCGAAAAAGAACUCUGGCAAGGGCAAAACUCCUCGUAAUGCUGCAAAGUUUUGGCAGAAAAACACAUAAUUAUUUCCUAAGAAAAUAGUUAACUUUUUGUGAUAUAUAAUAAAAACCUUAAGGUACU